AUGGGAGAUUAAAUACAGUAGGAUACCUAUGAUAUUUAAUCACUGAUAAUGCUCUCUAAGAAAAUUGAGAGGCAAAGACAAGUAGCUGAGGAUGAAAGCCCAAUUCUAUUACAAAAAAUUUAGACAUUAAAAAAUGGGAUUCUAAAGAACAGAUUUGCUGUCUUAUUCAAAAGUAGACUUUUACUCUUCAAGACUUAAGGCUACUAUGAGGUUGGUUCACUGGCUAUGUCUGUAUACCCUCUAAUUAGAUGCACUAUAAGCUAAUUAAAUGAAAAAGUGAUUUUGACUUAUUAAAUCAACAACAGCUCUCCAUUAAGCCUAAUUAGAGACUAGAAAGUCUCAGUAAUUUCUGAAGAAUUAAACUUUGAAGGAUUGAAUUCUUAGAAAAUUCUCAUAUUCCCAGACUACAACACUGCUUAAAUUUGGCAUGAUGAGACAAAGUCGCUCAUAAAUGAGGUUGAUGCUAAAAUAAACAGACACAUGAAACUAACAAUUAAUCUUAAACAAAAUGAAUAAUCAUUUUUUGGUAUCCUUCAGAAGUUCCUUUGGGGACUCUGCUGUGACAUAUACCCUAAAAAUUUGAACACCAGGUACUCGAUAUACCAAGUCACUCUAGAAAAUCUAAAUGAAUCUACUCUGCCAUAUUACUCAAUUGAUACACAGCCAUCUCAACUUUCAUCAGAAAACUUUGUCCUCUCACAAGAACAAUAAAACGAUCUAUCAAUCCAAAUAGAAGAAAGCAGAUCUUCAUCAUUAAAUCCUCAUUCUUAAAAUGAUAUGAUUAAAGAAGAGGAUAAUGAAAAGUCUUAUGAGAAUGAUGUCUCAAUUGACAAUAAUCUGUUCAAAGAUGAGAAUAAUCCUCAUCAAAUGGAGGAUUCAACCUAUGAUCAAGAGUAAGUAGCUUAAUAUUCUUGUCUGAUUGAUGCGUGUACUGAAUAAAAGCUAAGCAUGCUUGAGGAUGUACAGAAGAUAUCAGGCUAGGAAUACUCAAACUCGAGGUACGAAUAAGAAUAUUCGCAUACCCUUAAAGAUUACUAUCAGAAACUAUCCUCUAAAGAGUUAUAACUAAAGACUAGUGCUCCUGAAAGAGUCUUUGAAAUCAUAACUUAUUUUAUUGAGGAGUAAUAGCAGAUAAACACAGAUCAAUCGAUUAUCAAAGAAAUAGUGAAGAAUGUUUUAGACAACUUUGAGGAGUCAUUAAUGAAUAAUGCAAGUGAGGUUUUAGCAGAACUUAAAAAGUUCUAAAUACCAUAAAAUUAAAAGAGCUUUGCCAAGCUAUUGAUAAAGAAUAACAUUUUGAUUAAUGAUAUUAGAGAUUUCUAUGAGAUUUACGAUGAAUGGAUGCAUAAGUAUCCUUAGUUGAUGACUAGCGAUAUUACAGAAAGCAAAUUUAACAGUGAGUCAGCUGCUGACAUGAUUUUUGAGAGACAAAAUAACAGAAAGGAGCUAGAACAACUGCUGAUAAAGUUAUAAAUGAUUGAUAAUUUGAGAUUUGAAACUGUACUCUAUAAGCAAAACAUUCAAAUUCUCAAGAUAUUAAAGUAAAUUUGA